CGUCGCGUUUGGUUGGGCCGGCUUCUUGCGGGGAGGGCGGGGGCAGGUUGUUUGCUAUCCAAGAGCUCCUCGCACCGGAGGGUAAGUCGAGUUCCCGGGAGACGAUCGUCCGACAGCUCCGCGCCCGGCCUUCACCACCCACAGCCUGGAGGCGCGCCUGCCUCGGCCUCCCGAAUGGUGCUCCCCUGCGCAGGACUUGGCCCAGCAUCCAGGCCCCCUCUGCCCCCUGCUUCGGGGCUGUGGCUUCGGGGCUGUGGCUCCGGAGACUCCCGGUGGACGCUCUGUGGUGCGGAGGGAACCGCGUCCGCAUACAACCCUUAGUACCAGCAAUCCUCGACAGCUGGAGGCUCGGCCUCCAGCCCGCGAGUGACCUUCCUCACGCCUUGGUCCGCCUUUUGAGCUGAGAAGCCUUCUGGCCGUCCAAAGCCCAGGAAGCCCCCUGCUGGGGCCCAGGUUCUAGUAUGUUGGCCCUGCCCUGUGCCUAGGGCUCUGCCCUCUCGGGGCCGAUGGCAGAGUUGAGGCAGGUCCCAGGGGGACGGGAGACCCCGCAAGGCGAGCUGCGGCCUGAGGUGGUGGAGGACGAAGUACCCGGGAGCCCAGGGGCAGAGGAACCUGGUGGUGGCGGCAGCGGCAGCAGCAGCGAGCCCAAGUUGUCACCAAGAGAGGAGGAAGAACUGGACCCUCGGAUCCAGGAAGAACUGGAGCACCUGAACCAGGCCAGCGAGGAGAUUAACCAGGUGGAGCUGCAGCUCGAUGAAGCCAGGACCACCUACCGGAGGAUCCUGCAGGAGUCAGCUCGGAAGCUCAAUACACAGGGCUCCCACCUGGGCAGCUGCAUAGAGAAGGCCCGGCCCUACUAUGAGGCACGGCGGCUAGCCAAGGAGGCCCAGCAGGAGACGCAGAAGGCAGCACUACGCUAUGAGCGGGCAGUGAGUAUGCACAACGCGGCGCGCGAGAUGGUCUUCGUGGCCGAGCAGGGUGUCAUGGCCGACAAGAACCGCCUGGACCCUACCUGGCAGGAGAUGCUCAACCAUGCCACCUGCAAGGUGAACGAGGCUGAGGAGGAGCGGCUGCGGGGCGAGCGUGAGCAUCAGCGGGUGACGCGGCUGUGCCAGCAGGCGGAGGCCCGGGUGCAGGCCCUGCAGAAGACACUCCGGAGGGCCAUCGGGAAGAGCCGCCCCUACUUUGAGCUCAAGGCCCAGUUCAGCCAGAUCCUGGAGGAACACAAGGCCAAGGUCACAGAGCUGGAGCAGCAAGUGGCACAGGCCAAGACCCGCUACUCUGUGGCCCUGCGCAACCUGGAGCAGAUCAGCGAGCAGAUCCACGCACGGCGCCGUGGCCUGGUCAACCCGCGGUGCUCCCGGCGCUCCUCCCCGGUGGGUGCUGAGGCUGGGCCACAAGGCCUUGAGGAGGCUGACAGCGGGGCUGAGGCUGGCUCGGAGGAGGUGGGCCUGGGUGCAGGUGUGGGCCCCGACACGGACUCGCUGAGCCUGCUGAGCCUGCGCACGGUGGCCUCCGACCUGCAGAAGUGUGACUCUGUGGAGCACCUGCGUGGCCUGUCAGACCAUGCCAGCCUGGAUGGCCAGGAGCUGGGCCCCAGGCCUGGGCUUCACCGGGACAGCGACAGCGGGGCACGUGGGGGCCGCCACCAGCGCAGUGUCAGCCUGUAGCUCCUGCUGACUGCAGCGUCCCUAAGGGGUCUCAGCACCCUGGGCAGUGUCCUCCUGUGGUGUCUUUGCAGGGAGAGGCCAGUUUGCCUGCUGCUGCAGCCCUGAGGCAGGGCCUCCCUCAGCCUGAGGCGGGCUGCUGUCCCCACCCUGCUGCACCCUGGCUUCCUCUGUGUGAUUCCUCAUCCCCCUCACGGCUGUCCCUGGGGACCCUUGGUGUGGGAGACACAGGAGCUUGGGGAGGAGGAUGACCCAGCCUGUGGGUGCCAGGCCCGCCAUGUGUGACCUACAGGAUGGACCUCGUGCCCUCUUGGGGCUUGAGGGUACUGCGUCAGGGAUGGGAGCCGUGUGUGGCAGAUCCUGGUCAUUGUCCUACAUUGCCAAGGUGCUAGCGGGUCCCUCCAACGCCCAGUGGGCGGGGUGUGCUGUAGCCCUGGAGUCUGGCCUUGCUGGCUGGCACCCUCUCGUGGUGGCAUUUGGAACCUGGUGCUCAAUGCUCUCCCUGGAACAAGAUGCCCCUGUGGCCCCUGCUGCUGAUGCAGGGAGCUGUGGCCUGGGGGGGCCCUCGCCCUUCCUCGGUUGCUGCUCAGGAGCCAGCCUGGGCAGAGCUCGUGCCUCGGCAGAGCUGGUUCUUCCUGCCAAGACGGGCCCCGUGUGACACGGGUUUCCUGGUUUUGGGGUGAAGGUGUGGUCACGAUGAGAACCUGGGGGUUUGAGGUGGCCAUAGGUGGCAGGGAGUGAGGCUGGGAGGACGGGUGUGCGUGUGCAUGUGCCAGUGUGUGUGGGAGAGGGGCUGCC